AUUUACCUCAGAGCACUGCUGUGCCUAUUUGCAGCCUGUAAAGGUGCCAGCUUGACUAUUAUUUUUCUGGCUUGCUUUCUCAUUGAUCACCUCAAAAUCUAACAGAUUUAUCUUCAGACCCAAUAUGGGGGCCUCAUCCCCCUAGUGAGAAACCAAACACAAAUAAUUAUUGAAGUUAAAAGCUGUGCAAGAACCCAGUCAGCUACUGAAAGAGUGCACACGAGUGUAAAGAAUGUAUUCUCUCUCUCUCUCUCUCUCUCUCUCUCUCUCUCUCUCUCCUCUCUCUCUCUCUCUCUCUCUCUCUCUCAUUCAGACACAACCAGGUAAACACAUUCCUCCCUAUCUUUCCACUUUCCCUGUUUGAAGAUGAACAACUUAAACAACUUAUUGCAAACACCUUGACAUUUUUAGUGGUUUGUUUGAGUUAACUUCAAGUUUCUUGUUCCAGACAGCCCACUCUGGUGUAUCCGAGCCUCCCUUACAUGCUCUGAUAACUGUAAUCUCCUCACUGUGACUCUCACAUGAUGAAGAAAUCCCACGGCUCCCAGCAGCCAAAGGCUAAACACUGCAUAGUAUCUCCACCUCAGCUCACAUGCUCCUCUGUUCCCACUGCAGUGAAUGCUCGCCCUAUGUUACAAAUUAAUUUGCAUCAUUCUGACCAGUUAAGAGCAAAGGGAGAAUCCUCUCCCAGAAAUUUGCAACAUGAAAAAAUAUUUGUGGAUGAAAAGAAUUCGUUUGCCGUGGUCAAAGAAGGACACAACACCAAAUGAGUCCAGUCCACUUAUACCAAAGGCAGGCUCUGACAUAGAAGAUUCUGGGGACCUUGGCAACUUUGCCGUUGAAUGUCGUGAAGCAGGGCCAAACUGUGGACAGGACCUCAGCAAACCUGGGUUUGCAAGUGUCCGGCCCCGCUAUGGUUACACUUUCAUAGACUAUUUCUUAAAAUAUGCCCUGUUCCUAUGCAAUCUGUUGUUCACUGUUGUGGGCCUUUUGGUUCUCGGUGUGGGGAUGUGGGGCCUUGUCAGCAAAGAGUCGUUUGCCCAGGAGAAGAUCGGAAGUAUCGGCAGUGAUCCAAUGCUGCUUAUUGUGGCUAUGGGCUUUCUGCUUACUCUGCUCUGCCUGUCAGGCUGUGUGGGAGCCAUAAGAGAGAACUGCACCUUACUGAGGCUGUUCUCUGCAGCAGUGCUGGUGCUCAUUACAGCCCAGGUGCUGGCCACCAUUGUGGCCUACAGUUUGCAAGAUCAGAUUGGAAGCUACCUGCAGUCAGGGAUGACAACAGCAAUGGUGCGCUACCAAGAUGAUCUGGAUCUGAGGUUCAUCAUGGACGAGAUUCAGUCAAAUCUGCAGUGCUGUGGGGCAGAUGACUAUCGUGACUGGGAGAUAAACAUAUAUUACAACUGCUCAGCUCCAGGAAUUCUGGCUUGUGGCGUCCCUGCAACAUGCUGUGUGGACCCUCUAGAAAAUGGCACAGUUUGGAACUCUCAGUGUGGUGUAGGAGCCCAGCUUCUGGAUGAGUUCACUGCCCAGAGCGUGAUCUUCCUGGGUGGCUGUCUGGGGGGAAUCUCACGCUGGAUUGAGCUGCACAUGGGUCUGAUAGGAACUGUAGCGAUCGCCUUACUAGGGAUCCAAAUCAUGACUCUGUUUAUCACCACUCGCCUGUUAGACAGCAUCUACUGGCAUAAACUGUACAGCAACAUAGGUUGAUGGCUAAUAUAUGAUGAAGGUUUGCUUAUUUUGGAUCUCCAUCUUGUUUAUAACAUGUAAGAAAUAUAUUUCAGAACUAGUUUAAAGUUGACAAACAACAAUACUUGGUUCCACUAGGAAAAAUCCAUGUUGAGAUUUAAGACAUUAUAUUUAAAUCCUCUUUGAAGCAUGUUCAACUUUUAAUUUUCCAAAGGACACCAAGGUAACAGAAGCCCAAUUUAAAGUGCUAAAUCAACAUUAUGUGCUCUAUUUAUUGUGUUGUGUGAAGACUUCUUGGGGAGAUCAUUUGGGGCUUUUUAGCACAGAAAUAAGGCCAUUAAUGAGGAGUUUUUCAAAAACUACUAUGCAUAAACUUAUUCUUACAUUUCGAGCAAUAUUCCUUUAAAAAGCAUUACAGUAUAAGCCUCAUAAGACUAGCAUUUGCUAUUUGUAAAGCAUAAAGCAGGCCUAAUAGUGAGCUAUUAUGACCUUUCAACAGAGCUGUGAAAGCCUCUCUUUCUAACUUAAAGUGCAUUUCGACCAAGUGUUCCCUAGAACUACUUUACCGUGAACUAAAAGGUUCCUCUGCCCCCAUUGAUGUCUGCAUUUCGACCGUGGGCUGAAGUCCCAGGUAAAUUGCCAAAUCAGGCCAGUGACAUAUGGAGAAAAUAUAUAUAAAUUAAAUAAUAUUUGAAAUCUUAAUAAAUAACUAAACUAGUUUGCAUUCCCAGGAAGUCCCUCUGUUUUAACAACGGUGUUAACUCCACAAACACCAUUACAUUCAGCCGAAUGUCCCAGGACCUUUGAAAAGUACUACCCCCAAAGCAGGGGCUU